AUGAUAAGAACUCCCUCUCAUUCCUUCUAUAUGAGAAAUUCUCAUAAUCAAUCACAUUCCCCAAUACCUUAAUAAAAAUUUAUCACUCCUGAGAAAUUAGUGAGAGUUAGUGGAAGUUCAGGAGUGAAAAUAAAUUCAAUUUAAAAAAAUGGUACAAGAAUUAGAAGUGAAGCAAUUGAAACUGUUAAUAAGGCUAAAGAAUAAUAAAAGUUAUAAGAAUAUGUAUAAGAAUUUGAAUAUAGUAUUGAUAUAUAUAUAUAUAAUUAGAACUUAUACAAUAGAAGAAUGAAGAAUAGUAAUAAUUAGAAAUGAGAAUCUUAUUAUUAUUAUAAAAAAAUCAUGAUUAAGGUCAAGAAAUAGAGACAUUAAAACAAGAGAAUGAAUAAUUAAAGCAAUUAUUAUAUGAAUAAUAGACAAAAAUAAUUGAGUAAAGUUAAGAGAUUUAAGCAUUAAAAGUUUAUAAAGAUGGAUCAAAAAAACUAAGUUUUAGUGAUUACUUUCGAUAAUAAAAUGUAUGA